AGUCCUCUUUCUGGCCAAUUAAAAGUUGUCAACUUAAAAAAAAUUGUGUGGUCAUUAUUGGAGUUUUUAAAAAAAGUCUUAAACGCCAACAUACUUUCCUUAAGCGUUAAAAUAAAUUUUGAGUCAAAAACCGUCAAAUUCGGUAGUUUUUAUAUAAAUGUGAAGAGUUUAAACCAAAAAAAAUUUUAACUCGAAAUUUACUUUAAAAGUGAGUGGGCCUCUAGAUGUUAAAAAAAAUGUUUUUUUGUUUUGGCUAAUCUCAACCUGCCAAGGUUUACCAAGAUUUAUAUUGUGAUCUUAAUUAUUUCUUAAGUUUUCGCUUGCACAAAUGCAUGGACGAACGGACAGACAGUCACCCGGUAUUCAACUCGUCUCGUUGCUCUGAACAUUUUCAUAUAUAUAAACUAUAUCUAUUUCGAUUAGUUUUAACUCUUACAAACAACCGUUAGAUGAACAAAAGCGGUAGUAUACAUUGGGUGCGCAAGAACUUAAGAUCGAAAGAAAUUUCAGAUCGAUAGCACAAAAACUAAGGGAACGAACGGAAUCAAGUGCUUGUAGGGAAAUUUUUUCAUUUGACGAGAUAUCUUCACGAAAUUUUGCUCGGGUUAUUGCCUAAGGCAAUAGUGCAAUCUCCAAGGAAAUUUUUUAGAUCGGAUCACUAUAGCAUAUAGCAAAAUUUCAGAUCGAUAAGAUCGAUCGAAGGAACGGAAUCUUGUACCGAAAACUUUAUAAUUUGACGAGAUAUCGUCUUGAAAUUUAACAUGGAUCAUUGUCUAAGGCUGUGGUGAAAUAAAGCGCUAAAGCAUAUAGCUGCCAAACAAACUGACCGAUCGAAAUCAAGUUCGUGUAAGGAAUCUUUUGUAUUUAUAGCUUCGGUGCAACCGAAGUUAACGUUAUUUCUUGUUUUAAAUUAAAAUCAACCUAAUUAAAUUAAAUGAAAUACUUAUACAUAUGUAAUAUGGUAUAUGAAGACACAGCCAUCAGAGAAUCGAAAAUAUAAAGCAUGGGAUAUGAGGCUUAGACACAUUUCAUUCAUAUUCAGCGCUGAACAACACUAUUUUUAUUAAGACCUACUUAAUUUCAAUAAAAUAUCCUAAAUUUUUACCAACACAAACAUAAACAUUUAACGUCCGGUCGAAAGUCGGAUAUUACUAUAUUGGGUAUAUUGAGGCCACGGCAAGGUUUGGUCCAAUUGUUUUAACUUUUUGUAAUAAUCAAAUAUACCCGAAAACAUGUUUCCACGUAAUUCAAUGACGAAGUCACACACUGUUCGUUAUAGUAGACAUAAAUUUUCCCAAAUAACGAAAAUUAUUAUAUGUAAUAAAUAGCAACUGGGGUAAUUCGCGUACUGAUUUGUUGUUUAGUUAAUUGCAUCUUACAUAUUGGAAUUCUACUCGUCUCGCUAUUCUGACCUCUAGGUAUUAGGUACCAGUAUUACACUCAAUUGUAAGAUGUUGCGAGAAUAUACAAUUAUAAUUUUAUUUGAGAGUUAUAGAUAUUAAGACUUUAAGCUAUUUUAUGCACAAUUAUCAUUUAAAGUAUUGAAUUGUACAUAAGUGAAGUUAUCGUAUGAAAAUAUAUUAGAAUUUCCUUAUAAGCAUAAAUACAAGAGCUUUGAUUUAUGGAAGAACGACUUGUUUACCACUGAUUCGAUGUUUAAUAUUAUAUAUUGAAGUGAUCAGGCCACAAAAACUGCGCUUGAUUUGAAACACUUUUCUAAUAAAAAGAAUGAAGGAAACGUCAUUAUUUUGGAAAUCUUUAGCUGCGUCUGAAAUAGCAAGUUAGUUUUCUAGUAAUAGCAAUUUGGUUUUAUAUAUUUUAUUAAUGGCUAUAUGAAUACAUUUGGGAAUAAUUUAAAAAUAGUGUUCGGAAAGUUACAAUUGAUGAAAGCUGCAUUUUACAAGAGGACAACGACCCUAAACACACGGCUCACAUUGUAAUGGUUUUUGCUCUAAAGUGCAGCGCGGAAUUAAACACUUUACUGCCAAGUCCGAAUUUGAAUAUUAUUGAGCACACCUGGGAGCUUUUAGAGCGAGCGGACCGAUGGGGUAACUAGCGCGACAACCCUUAAGAAAGCUUCCAGCAGCAUUUUGUUGUUCGUUUAGACUUCAGUCUUUCCAAAAUUAAAAGAAAGUUGUAACAACCUGAAUAAUUAGUUAUUGGUGAGUCGUAUAUAAACCAUUGUCGGUCACCGUAUAUGCCAUGAGUUUCGCAUAUAAGUACCUGCUGUAACAAUAUAGUACAUAUACUUAUAGUACAUUUGCCUGCAGCAAUUUAAUGUCGAAUUUAUUUAUAAUAUUAAAAAAAAAAUUGUACUUUACUUCAUAAAAGCUCUGUGUAUAUAACAACUGCACACAUUUGACGUUAUUCUAAGUAGGUACAAUGGUACAGAGAAAGUGGGUUGAUAUUUUCCAUAUGUAAAACCAGUAGCUUUCAGUGAAAAAUACGCGAGGAGCAAUAAAUGCAAACGUAAGUAACAGCGAAUGGGUAGCUGAGACUAUUACGAAGUGUAAAAGCUUUUAUUAAGCACUCAUUGCAGAAGAUAUUUGCAGUUCUACUAAGGAUAUCUCUCAAGGAUUACAAGACCCACGUAAUCUCUGUUGGAAUUUUUUGAGUUUUAACUGGAAUGUACAUAUUUAUGAGGGUUAUGCUCUCUCAAUUCUCAAUUUUCUACAACACGAAACUGUACGAUAAUACAUGUGAACGCAUCGGCUUUAGCAAAUUCACGUUUGUGAGCCACAAAGUCGGCACUUUUUUCAUCCCUUUCGGCAGUGCUCUCUGUGCAAUCGAGUUGUAAAGACGUUCUAUCGAGGAAAACGACCAAAACGGCGGUUUCGGAAUUAAAAUUUAUGGAGUAAUAUUAUAAUUGCUGCCAUAAUGUUUAGUUUACAGAUUUAAAUGACAAUCAAGCAUUUACUACGAAUAAUAAUGACACAAAAUGGUAGAAUACCAAAUAUCACGAGUACUUGCAGAUUAUUUUAUGGUCAAUAAUCCUACUUUACAGUGAGCGAAAUAAACACAUUACCAAACGGAAAUUUUAAGUGAUCCAAAAAAUCAAAAGAUUUUCCCUUCGCAUGCUUACUUGUUCCACUCAAAAUAGAUAUGCACUUUGUAAUGUUAAGGAGCUGUUUUAACAGCUGUUCGACUCAAAAAAGCCACACUGGCCACUCCCCCCCAAAGCGACUAAAUAAACUUAAAAAGUAAAUAGAUCUGUAUUCAAAUCUAACACCCAGAAGAGUAACAUAUACCAUAUACAUAUAAAUAAACCAUGAGCUCUACAACUUCUCCAACUGUCCCAAAGAUACAACGUUCUCAACAUAUUCAACAAUUUCAACGGCGUGUAUUCGGUAAAUUGUUAAAUGAUAAAGGGUAUAGCAGGCAAAAUCGAAUGCAGUUGAGCUUGAAUGAAAGAUUGGGAACAUGUACUAUUUACAAGUAUUGCCGGAGGCUACAAAAGUGGAAUUGUGUUACCAGGAAAUCGGCAAAUAUGACUGUUAGCAGUCUUGGUGAAGCGAAGGGGCUAACACCGAAACAUAGACUGACUUUCUGGAGAUUGGGCGUUAAUUACAGCAUAAUGACAGAUUCAAUACAUACGAUAAUGUUAUUGUUUGCUGUUAUGAUGGCUGUUGUAAUAUCGGAAAGCACUGUUUUAGCAUCACAACGGGACUCAGUUAAACAAAAAAAUUCCAACAACCUGAAUAGUAACAUGCCUACGGCAAGCGGGAUCGAUGCCAAUGGUAACUUUGAUAGCAUUAGCGAUGCCAACACCAUUAGAUCUAGGAACAAUGCGAGCAACGGUAGCCCUGUUGUCAAUGUUUCACUAGCAGCGGCUGAUAUACGUAAUAAGUCCAAUUAUGUCACACUGUCACCGAUCGUCACUUCAAGUACCGCUUUCGUAACUGUAGGAGUAUUUAGUACAGUGAGCAAUUCGGUAUAUUAUGGCGGUGUGCAGAAGAACAGUACCGCACAUUAUUCGGGGACAUCCAUCGGCAAUCGUAAUGUGAUUGAAGUAACAGAAGAUAAUCGUAAUGGCCCAUACUUUGACAAAGCUGCAUCGAAAAAUAUAACAGCACUCCUCGGAAAAACGGCAUAUUUAAAUUGUCGUGUGAAAAAUCUAGGAAAUAAAACGAUGCUCUUGCAAGUUUCUUGGGUGCGGCAUCGAGACAUCCAUCUGCUAACUGUUGGACGGUAUACAUACACAUCGGAUCAGCGCUUUCGUGCUAUUCAUCAGCCACAAACCGAAGACUGGAUUUUGCAAAUUAAGUAUCCUCAACAUCGAGAUUCCGGUAUAUAUGAGUGCCAAGUAUCGACCACGCCACAUAUGAGCCAUUAUAUUCACUUGAAUGUUGUUGAACCUUCUACGGAAAUCAUUGGCGCGCCGGAUCUUUAUAUAGAGAGCGGUUCUACAAUAAAUCUGACUUGUGUAAUAUUGAAUUCUCCUGAACCUCCUGCGUACAUAUUUUGGAAUCAUAACAACGCUAUUAUCAACUACGACUCUCCUCGUGGUGGUGUCUCGGUAGUAACAAAUAAAGGAGAAACUACUACUUCUUUUCUGCUUAUAAAAUCUGCUCGGCCUUCAGAUUCCGGACACUAUCAGUGCAAUCCAUCAAAUGCAAAACCUAAAAGCGUAACGGUUCAUGUGCUGAAUGGUGUUUCUCAUUCCGUUUCCAGGGGAGUUCCCAGCAGCAAUGCAGCGCGCGGGACCAGUAUAUCUUCGAAUGUCCCAAAGUCGUUAUCUCCUAGUGUACCUGUCAAUGUACUUAUGCACCUUAGCAUAUGUCAAGUGGUAUAUGCAAACAUUGGCAGCAGUUGGGAUCAAGAUAGCAAGCAUUUGAAGCAUCUGGUUGCGUGGCUUCUAAACAUACUCGUGUUGCUGGCAACCGAGAUGCUUGGAAAGCAAGUUAAACGAAGAAAAUUUGGAAUGUUUAAUACCUGCGGCUGCUACUUCAACGAUAUACAACUUAAAAACAAUUUACAGCUACAAAAGUCGAAAACAGAAAACCAUAGCCGUAAUGGAGAGGUCAACUUACGAAAUUUAUUUUAUAAUACUACUAUUUUUAAGUCGAUGAAACACUUUAACGAUGUACAUAACUGUAUAUUGUUUAACAGACCUAUAUUCGAACCAGACAUCAGGUGAGUGCGUUUCGAUUUAAUGCCUUUUACUGGUCCUAGCCAUGUUAACGAGCGAGAGGGCAAAGCAAGCUCAAACAAUCCGUACUAAACUUAACUAACGUGAGUUUUAUAAUGAUAAUAAUAUCCAUCGCAUUUUUUUGCAUUAUGUGUAUUGUAUAUUUUAAGUAUUUACUUCUGUUCUUGUUGUUUCGAACUAAAAGCGAAACUGGACUUUUUUGUAAUCGAACAAAAGUAUUAGGUAAAUUUGGGUAUUUGUAAAGUUACUUAUAAGAAAUAUUGUAAAUAAAAAUUAUAUAAUACAAUAAACAAUAAUGAAAUCCAAAAAGAAAAAAAAAACGGAUAAAAAAAUUAAGCGAACAGAUAUUGUUUCAAGAUAGAUUAUGAAAGAAAAAAAUUCUAAAUUGCUAAAAACUAUGAACUAAUAAAGUUAGAAAAAAUUAUAAACUAAAAAAGUAAACAUAAUUAUUGUAUGCUAAGUAAACAUAUACAAUUAUCGUUAAGAGAAAGCUCAAAUUUGCUUGGUACACCAAAUAUAUAUUUGCCUAAGUAACAUACUAAUUUGCUUUAAAAUAUUUUUUUUAUUUUUAGUUAUUAUUAACAAUUUUUAAAGUCCGUUUACCGUUUUUAUAAUUGGUAGAUGCUUAUUUUUUCUAUUCUAUUUUUAAAUUCUAAUCAAAAAGUUAAUUUUAUAAACGGUACAUUCUACAGUUAAUCAAUCUCUGGAAUAGAUAAUUGAAACAAAAUUACACAUAUGCUCUCUUUUGUUUAAGCAUGUUCCAUAGUUAUAUAAUAGCGUAGAAGUGUAUGAGAUGUAAAAUAAUUUACCGUCUUGGUAAAUUAACUUGUUAGACCGAAUAAAACCGGUUGCUUCACCGAAGGUUUUUCUAUGCGGCAACAGAUCAUACAGUACGUAUUCUCAUUCCAAAUGUACCUAACGCGCAAUGCAAUUACCAAUAUGACAGUACUUCUUUAUUCUUAAAUUAUAAAUUUAUAAUCGCUGUUGUAACGACAUUAUCCAACAUUACAUUUAAUUUUAUUAUAUUUUUACUGACACAUGAUAUUAUAUGUUAUAAUAGUUAAAUCGAAUUGUAUAUUUUCAUUCUUCAUAUAUUAUACUGGGAUUCAGAAAUAUUUGCGUGACAAUUUUCGUCGAAUUAUCGAAGCCCUUGUACCUCCAAGUGUAUUUUAAAAAUACUAUCAAGAAGUUAUUUCAUGAUAUAGGUAACUUUAAAGAAUUGUUUCAACAAUUAACAGUUUUUGCAGAUAAAAUUUUUUUUCACCGGAUUGAGAGUAUUUCCUAGCUUGGCUUAAAACAUAAGUACAUAUGUAUAUGUAUAAAAUCCAUGCAGUUAGUAACAACAAAGAAACGCUUUUCGCCGACAGUUGAAUAACAUGUGUGUGUUAUUACUUUGUAAUUAGUAUGAACCACAAACACAAAUAAUUACACGAGUGUUCUUUUGUAAUUAAAAAAUCGUUUUAUAAUUAAAUUAUAUAUAAAUUUGCGUGUGAGAAUUGUCUAAUUUCGAGAUUAUAAAAUCACUUAUAUUUGAAUAUUUUGAUAUUAUAUGUUUAACUUUUAUAUUUUUCUUAAACUAUGUAUCUGUAUAUAUAUACAUAUAUUACGGGAUUUUAAUGGUUAAAUUAACCACUGUUGAUUUUUGUUUAAAUAUUUUAAAUAAUACCCGUCUAGUUUGAUAUUUCACUGUAAGUUCUAUAUUGUAGUCAAGACAAGUUCAGAGUACAUCCAUCUGGAUUAGUGCUUCUAUUUGCAUUAUUUCUUUUGUCUGCAGAGUACUGCUCUGAAAACGUUUAAAAAAUAAAAAGAAAAUGAAUUAACAUUAUUAAAAAGAGAAAAAAAUAUGACUGAUUGCCAGAACCUAUAAAAGUUUUAUCAAAAAUUAAAGCAGUUAAAGAUUUAUAUACAUAUCGAGCCAUAACCGCCAAACUGAUUUAGGCAAACAAUUAAAAUUUUUCAGGAAAUUUUGUGUUUAAUGAAAUUGAAUGAAAUAUGUUAGAAUUAUACCCCAUUACGGUUUUGAACUCCACUCAGUUGAAUUAAAAAUGAAGCAGUUCAACUUCAGAGCAACACAACUGUGUUAUUAGUACUACGAACUACAAUACAACUGUUUUCAGUCGAAGUUUCAUUGGUGUUUGCAACAUAAAAAUAUAGAAAUAUACAAAUAGAAGAUUUGACUAAGAAUUAAACAAUUUAAAAUUUUUAAACGAAAAAUUAAAACAAUUUAUUUUAGUUAUUGCGCAUGAAAAGGUUAAUAAUUAUUAAAAUGGACAUUUUGACUUAUAUUGCAAUGAUGUGCUGCGCAUAAGAAAAAACCUUCGUGAUCACUCAAAUCCAUUGGAACUUCCUAACACUAAGUAAGCCAAAGCUUUAAAAUAAAGUCUGUUGCAGAUUCAUAAGUUUUUUUCGUUAAAAUGAGGAUUAAUUUUGUUUUUUACUAAGUAAAAUGAAGGAAGAUUACCACAAACUCUGUUCUCUUGCUGCCGUUAGUUAUUAAGAAUGCAUUUUUAAAUGAUUUUAACUUAGGUCUGAAACAAUCUGCGAUAUUUAUGGUUGUUACAAAAUCUGCUUUUAAAUAUUAUGAAAACCACAUUUGUG